AUGGAAGAGAUAAUUGUACGAUGUUCGCUACCAGUACGGGACAUCUCAUUGUCUCGUGAUGGCGAGUGGGCAGCUGUAGCAAGUGAUGAGCUCGAUGUCAAGGUCGUCAACACACGAGACAUGACCAGGAUCAUGCACUUGCGUGAACAGUGUCGGCCAGUCAAGAACGUGUCUUUCGACGUCAGCGGAACUAUGCUUGCAGUGUCCUGCUCGGACGGUGUUGUGUACAUGUACUCACUGAGCUCCGAGAAGCUGCAGCUUCUGAAGCGUGUCGAUGGCUUGAUCAAGACGCUCGAGACAGAUGCUGAAGCAAGUGCUAUGGUGGCAUGGCAUCCUGAUGGCCGAGCGUUCAUUGCACCCACAAGCACUAGAGACAUCCAAUGUGUGGCAAGGAAUGACUGGCAGCGGCAGAAGGCCUUCACUGGGGGGCACCGUGCCGACAUCUCUGCAAUGAGAUGGUCACCUAACGGCGCACUUUUAGCGUCUGCUGGGGUCGACAACAGCCUUUGUCUGUGGGAUACACGCACCCAGCGUCUUAUCAAGACCUUCGAGGACGUCAGCAACACAAUCAUGGCAAUCGACUGGCAUCCGACGGAAAACAUGUGCUCCUAUACUAACAAGAACGGCGAGCUCUUCAUGCGCGAAAAUUUUGUCCCCAGUCCCUCAUCUACUCUCCUCAAGGUCGCCCUCCAACCUUCUCCGAUGAACAAUGAGCCGCUGUCCGAGGUCUCAGGCAACGCGCAAAGGCGCCCCGGCGACGGGCUGAAAUCGAAUGGAGUUCUUCGCAGUGUUGAAGACCAGUAUUUGGACGAUCUACUGGGUCCGGAUGCCAUGUCAGAGGAUGAUGGCGGCUUCAUUGAGGAUGAUGACGGUGCGGGCUAUGCAGAGGUGCCAAACGGACACGGCAAGCGUGCUGCCGGUGGCAUGACCAGCUUGCCUGCGAAACGUCACCAAGCAUAUUCAUCUUGGCAGCCACGAAUCCAUGAGGCGUUCCAGCCCGGCAGCACCCCUUGGAGAGGCAAUCGACGAUAUUUGUGCCUCAAUCUGACAGGAUUCGUGUGGACAGUCAAUCAGGAGACACACCACACAAUCACCGUGGAGUUCUAUGAUCGCCACGAGCAUCGCGACUUUCAUUUCACCGAUCCUUACAAGUAUGACAAAGCCUGUCUCAACGAGAAAGGCACGCUCUUCUCAUGUCCGCCAUCAACACAGUCUGAUCAGCGAGCAAUGCUGUAUUACCGACCACACGAGACAUGGACGACUCGAAUGGAUUGGAAGACGCAGCUGCCAGCAGGCGAGACAAUCGUCUCGAUGUCUCUCAGCGACUCCUGCAUCGUUGCCACAACAUCUGCCGGCUACGUGAGAAUAUUCAGUCUCUUUGGCGUGCCGCUCAAGGUUCAUCGUCAGAAGAGCACACCAGCAGUGACUUGUGCAAGCUUUCGCGACUAUGUCCUGACCGUCGGUAACGGCUCGGUCGGCGGCGAUGGCACUACUCGGUUGCUGUACAGCAUAGAGAAUAUCCGACGAGACGAGAUCUACCAGAAUGAAGACAUUUUGGCUCUCCCAGAUGGUGCUGAGCUCCGCAGUGUGUUUUUCGGCGACAAAGGUGACCCUUGCAUCUAUGAUACUCAUGGCGUGCUACUCGUCCUUCUCCACUGGCGGACACCUGGCCAAGCAAAAUGGGUACCACUACUGGACACCAAAAUGCUCGAGCGCCUUGCGAGCGGGAGGAAGGACGAGACAUACUGGCCGGUGGCUGUGGCCAACAACAAGUUCCACUGCAUCAUACUCAAAGGCGGCGAGGAGUACCCUUACUUCCCACGACCACUACUGACGGACUUUGAAUUCAGCAUACCCGUGUCUGCAUUACCAAAGACAAGCGAGGAGGACGAAGAUAAAGAGCUUGUCCACCUCCAGGGCCUUGAAGAGCAGUACGUUCGUGCCACCCUGCAGCACUCACUACAACUAGAUCUGGUUGAGAACACGAACGCAUCAAGUGCCCAGAAAGCCGAAGUCCCGAUGAUGGAGCGCGAAGUGGACAAAGUGCUGCUCCAACUAUUGGCCACAGAGUGCAGAGAGGGCGAGGAGCGCGGCAUGAAAGCCUUGGAAAUCGCGUCUCUCAUGCGUGAUCGGAGUGGCAAAAUGCUUGAGGCUGCCGGCAAGAUUGCUGCCCGGUUCCAGAGAGACAUCUUGGGUGAAAAGAUCUACCAGCUAGCAGAGCGAAGACUUGUCGGGUUGGUGGAUGACGAAGAAAUAUGA